AUGACGAACUUGGCUAAGCUUGAAUAUGCUGCCCUGGACAUUACCCGGAAGAAUUACCUUACUUGGGUACUUGAUACCAAGAUCCAUCUGGAAGCAGGGAAUCUUGGAGAUACCAUCAGGGAAGAAAACAGCUCAUCUUCUCAAAAUCGGGCGAAGGCUAUGAUCUUUAUUCGCCGCCAUCUUGAUGAGGAUUUCAAAUCAGUGGCGGAGUACAAUUCUGCGUUGUUCAGGAUUACCUCUCAGAUGAAGCUCUGUGGGGAUACCAUUACUGAUGAAAUAUUGCUGGAAAAGACUUACAGCACAUUUCAUGCCAAUAACGUGCUCCUGCAGCAGCAGUAUAGAGCGCGAGAAGUAAAUGCUGCUUCCUUCGAAGUGAACGCCACAUCCUCUGGUGGUAAUUAUCAUAAACAAGGACGUGGCCACAAACGAGGUCGAUGGAAUAGGAAAUGCAAGAACCAUGGUGGUCAGUUUCACAACCAGGUUCAGAGGCAUAAUUAUGGCCCGGGCUUCAAAAAUGUGAAUCGUCACAAAGGCAAAGCUAACAUGACCAAUGCUCCCAGGAACUCUGAAGGAGCCUGCCAUAAGUGUGGUGGCAAUGGGCAUUGGGUGCGAACUUGUCGUACCCCAAAACAUCUGGUGGAGUUGUAUCAAGCUUCCCUCAAGAAGAAAGGUGUCGAGACCAAUUUUCUCGACCAGGCUAAACCAAUGGAUAUACCUGAUCCAGUGUUUGAUUUAUCAGGGCAAUUUGACGCAACUCACCUAGAUGUUUCAGACUUCAUUAUGGAAAGGGGGAAUGAAGUAUAUCGGUCCGACUAA